AGCACCUUCUCUUUCAUUUGGGAGAGUUAUAUCAUACCUCGAUUACAUUCGUGGCCGCAAUCGUCGGAGCCAGCUGCCGAUUGUGCUGGUCUCGGGUAAGACUCUCUGCUAGAAAGGUGGGUGAGACCAUCUUCGAAAAGGGUACGCUCUUCAUCAAGACAGUGUGGAGUCGGGCCUAGGUUUUAGGGUGCGUGGUGGAUCACAUGGUCGUAUUCAGCAGUUUAGUUUCAUUAUCACCACAGGAUAUUAUACCUCCGAGCCGCAACGAUCUCUACCUCUCCUCUCUUCUCCUUUCCCAGGAGACGAGUAAUGUGUGAUCUAGGGUCUGAUGUGAGGAGAGUAGGAGUCCAGUCCGACAAGAUAAUGUCUUCCCAAGGUCUCGCAGCGUGAGAAUUUCGUUGCAGUCAGAGCACACAUUGUCUCGCCGAGGCAUCGUGGUUAGACUAGACGGUGGGAAAGACAGUUUCGAUUGAGCCAAUUCGAAAGAGGUACACUUGGUUGCUGUCACUUCAUUGCCAUGGGCGGGUGCAAGGCAGCAGUCUGGGUACUUCUUGUCGCCCUCCUCGCCAUUUUUGUGUCCGUCGAAGGACAAGGCAGGGGAGCGGUACCGCCGGUUGUCGCGGCGCCCGCUCCUUUGACGCCAGCUCCAGCGCCGAUGGACCUUGCGCCCGCUCCGGAGCCUGCACCUCUGUGGCCUCCUUGCGAUGGCGUUGAUCUCGUUUAUGUGAAUACGAGAGUGGAGAAGAUUUUUCCUUACCUCAACGAAACUCCAUGGCUGCAACCGUACAAGUUUGAGGCCCAGGUGACGGUAACGAACAUGGGAUACUCCACCGUGGAGGGGUGGGCGAUCGGGAUGAAUUUUUCAAAUGGCGAGAUUCUUGUUAGCGCUGAAGACAUGCUUCUGGAGGACGGGCGCCCCAUGCCCGUCGACGUUUCCAACGGCACCGUUUUGACUCAAAUUCCUGCAGGAGUGUUGAAAAAUGCCAUUGAAACUGCUGGGGAAUUAAGCCAGAUUCAGAAAACCUUCACAAUCACGGGUACUGAGUUUGGGAAAAAACUUUUCUCCAUGCCGAAGAACAUCAACAUUACCCAGAAGGGCUACAACUGCAGUAUAGCAAAGACUUUUGGCAAUACUACGAUGCACACAUGCUGUUCGGAGCCCAAUCGAAAUGUCACUCUUACCGAUGAGGAAUUUUAUCUGCCUUCUGAAAAGGGCAAUUUCACCAUCACUUAUGAUGUUAAACAAGCAUAUCCAGGCAGUUACUUAGCACUUGUGACCAUUUCCAAUGACAGUCCAAUCGCGCGUAUUGAAAAUUGGAAUCUCUCCUGGACAUGGGUGGAGAACGAGUUUAUCACCAAGAUGUUAGGUGCCACAACACGCUCAGCAGACCUCGAGGUUUGCUUGAAUGGAAUUGCAGGGAAAACCUACACGCAAAUGGAUCUUAAUAAGGCUUUCAGUUGCUCGAAGAGUCCCGAGAUCAUCGAUCUUCCCCUCGGUAGAAUAAAUGACACUGAAAACGGUGGUAUCGAAUACUGCUGCCGUAAUGGCAGCAUCUGGCCUGCUGUUCUGGACCCUGAGAGAUCCAAGUCAGCCUUCAUGGUGAACGUGAUGAAGGUUCCACCUCAGAGCAAUAAGCUAAACAGUAUCACACCCCCCGGGAAUUGGAGAUUCGGCGAUGGGAGAUUCAAAUGUGGCGUUCCCCGCCGGAUAAAGCCGACCGUUUAUCCCGAUCCCUACUUGAUGCAUGACACAGCUGCGUUUAAAACUUGGCAGGUUACGUGCAAUGAGACCGCAAUCAAGCCGCCUCCAAAGUGCUGCGUCUCAUUUUCAAAAUACACGAACGAUUCCAUCGUCCCUUGUCGUACUUGCGCUUGUGGUUGCCCCAAGAAUCCUACGCCAGUGUGCAGCCCUACAACCUCCUCUCAGCUCCUUCCCUACAGCGCUCUCACAAUUCACCCCGAAAAUCGGACAGCGCAGAUCCUUGCCUGGGCCGCACUUAACCACAGGAUUCCCCCGAACCCACUCCCUUGCCAGGACUACUGCGGCGUGGCCAUUAACUGGCAUGUAGUGUCGAAUUUCACAGGGGGAUGGAGUUCGCGCAUGACGCUCUUCGACUGGUCUAAUACAACUUACCCGGACUGGUUCACCAUUGUGGAGAUGCCGAACGCUUACGCCGGAUUUGAGAAGGCGUACUCCUUCAAUGCCACCGCAAUGCCACUCAUGAACGACACCACGGCAAACACCAGUAUCCUUGUGAGGGGCUUGGAGGGACUCAACUACCUAAUGGCAGCUACUAACCGAUCGGCAGGAAAGCUCCAAUCGGUCUUCUCCUUCACUAAGAAGACUACUCCAGGGAUUCGCGAAGCCGAUUACUUCCCCGCGAAGAUCUACUUCAACGGCGAAGAAUGCUCGAUGCCGGAGGGUUUCCCCAUGAACGCUGCUCCAAGGAUGGUUACCUCCAUGGUCACAACCCUUGUUCUAGUGGCAUUGUGCUCCGUAGUGCUUGUCCUAUGAGUGCCAGUUCUGACGAGAGUGUAAAUUGUUUAUCAUUCUUAGCAUACUUCCGGCGCUCUUCGAAGUAAAUUAUUGGGGAGGGUGACGGGUAUUAUAAUGAUCUUCAUUCUUUGGGCUGAUCACUGUCACUGUAGGAUUUGACAUGCUACCCAUGGCACGGCCCUCGAGUUGUAUAUUAGGUGAGGCGGAAGACUUUUAGUCCCCUUGGUUGGGCUUCUAUUGAUCAAUCCGUGCUGGUAUGAUCGAGCUUGUAAUGGGUACAGCUGGCUGUGGUGCUUAGAGGUGGGUUGCCAUCUCGGCACGGACCUCUUUUCGGACGUCCGCCCAGGAAAUUGAUAAUGUAUUUUCUUCAUUGACACACUA